AUGGGGACGAAAUUGUCCGUGUCGAUAGAGAACACAUUGCACCCCGAAAUCGCUCCCCGUACCGAUCGUCCACCCACUUUCGAUCCUCAGUAUGGCUUCAAGAAACCAAGAAAGGUUCGGGAAAUGAAAGUGUCAUGGGAGGAGAUGGAUCAGUUCAAGUUGAAACCUGGCCAACGAGACUACUGUGCCCAUCUGCUGAUUCCAUAUAUCAAAUGUCAGAGAGCGCACGCCCCGUUCGCAGGAUAUUUUUGUGACGAUAAGCGAGCUGCAUGGGAUAAAUGCGAGUACGAGGACUAUAUUAUGCGUAUUAAGGAGUUCGAACGUGAGCGACGCCUGUUAAUGCGAAAGAAGCGCAAGGAAGCCAUGGCAGCUGCUUAG